CUUUUCCGAAUAAAAAUUCGUUUUGGCUACAAAUCUCGGUGCUUCUGAGUUGUGUAACUUGUGUGUAAUCCGUUGUGGACAUUGCGGGCUGCCGAACUACGUUUCUGGAUAAAGUACCACAAAACUUCAUCAGUCAUGCCCAGCGGAAUGAAUCUCGACACCGCCGUAUCCGUUCGAGGCAGCGAUCAGCGGAUGUGCGUCGCACACAUUGUGGACGUGACACAAGAUGGUCUCAUCGUCGAUCUGCUGUGUCCCACUCGCCGACGUGAAUUUGCGCCUUUCGGCACCGUCUUCUUUCCAUAUUGUCCAACGUGCUCAACGGACCUGGACGAACUAUAUGCCCAAGUGGUAGACCAACAACGGUCAACGAUCUCGGUGGAGGUGCUGGUGCCGGAGACCCCAGCGGGUCCGUGGAUUUGGCUGCCGGGAGAAAUGCAGUGUGUGGGACGCAGUAAGACGCUGUACGGAGCGGCUGUUGUCAACUGGCAGCGGCCGGACGACGGAUUGCCGUGUUUCGACAUCGUUCCCAUGCAACACAUGCGCCUACUACGUAAUAGGAAGAAUGACGCCAUCACAUGCAAAGAGAUUCCCCCAGGAGCCUUUAUCCGGCGCAGUGUGGACCUGGGUGAAGAAUUCCGGUCGCUGUCGGGUGAAGAUGCCCAAGUGCUCAUUCAACGGCUGAACGGCUGCCGUUUGGAGAUCUACUCCUGUUUCCAGUCUCUGCCCGUUGUUGUGGUGGACAUAGUGGAUGGCCAGUUGCAUUACAUGUGCAAGCUCGGUCAGGAAGACAAAUCUGCUCUGGUCAGCGGCAGUAACUUGUUGGAGAAAAUCGAGGCCUUCCACGGGGAGUUGCUCACAACGAUCAAGUCUCUUCGAGAGAAGCAGAUUGCGGUAAACGAGGACGUCGUGGCAUGGAAUGCACUACCGAACGAAAUAUGGCAGGAGGUCUUUUCUUGCGAGGAUACACUGACGCAAACAAAGCUGCCCACGGUGUGCCCCACCUGGAACCGACUCCUUGAUGCACCAGCGCUGCAUGCCACUCUUGUCAUCCGCAACAGUAACCCCAGUUGUAAACUGGCCGAUUUUCUCUGCUUGGCGACGGUGUACAAAUGCUUAAGUCCCGGCACGCAGCUCGUGGUGAUAAAUGUUUACGGAGGAUAUUGUUCGUGGAGCGAAGACUACGCGAUGGAAGUGGGCGACAUGAUCCAGUAUGUGGCUGAGCGCCACACCGGCAUCCGACUGCGGACCGUCCACCUAUACGGCAUCCGGCUUAACUGGCUGAUUAACAAAGACCGUGCUAUCGUUUACGCUGACAUGGACGAAUGCGGCCUGCAUCCGUAUGAUCCUGAUCAGUCAAUGCUGGACACGGAACGCGGCUACGAUUGGCUGGAGGAUUUCAUUGCCAUGUGCCGCAGUCUGCCGUGCGAUGCCAUCCAGAUGUCGAAUUGUCGAGUUACACUGGCUAUCAAGCUGUUCUACGCGGAGGAGGGUACUCAUCUUGGCGCUAAGUUCCAGUUCAACAUCGGCACCGCGCGAUUAGAGCUGAAUGAUGGCUUCGACUGCGCGUUGUGGGAAACGUUGGAGGGGGCGCUACGUAUGCCUAGUGAACAGCAGUGUUUGAAAAUCGCUGCUUCCAUUAAAGAGGAAACGAUGGAAGAAGCCAUCUGCAAGAUACUGUGUCUGGCACAGUCGGGCGAUCCGCGUCCGUCGUCGCAUUACCGCGAGAAGGAGUGGUGUCCGUGUGGAUGGGUUGGAAGGUUUGCAGUUGGAGAAAUUGUCGCGGAUUACUCUACAUCUGCUCAGGCAACUGCGAAAACAUACUUUUGGGAUACGAUUGUUGACGGGAACGUACCUUUCGUGAAGCCCUACUACACAUGCUCAAAGUGUUUGUAGGGGAGCACUUUGGACACUAUCUUGUGGGGGUAAAGUUGGGUCAGCGUUAUGUUUUCCUUCGCGGACGAUAUGUUUUGGAUUUUAAUUCGCUUCAUGUAGCUCUUUCAUUAAUUGAAUCUUGUACUUACUUUUCUUCAU